UAACAACGUCGUGGUAACACGUGGUAACAGAUUUAUGGACAGAGUUUAAUAUCAGUGUCGAAAAUCGAUAUCUUUCCGUGUGCAAUUGAAGGGAAAUUUAUGUGAAGCUACCACACACAUGAAAAGCGUUUGUCACACACGCAUAUCUAUGUGUAGCAAAAUGAAAUUGACCAAACACAAAACAUUAACAAGAAAAAACUCACAUGGAAACAGCUUUUACUGUAACGAAUGCGGUGGACUUCAGCUGAUUUUAUCAAUGAAACUUAUUCAGUUGUACGUAUGAUGUUACUGGAUCAAUACACUUAAAGCUCUUUCAUAUUCCGCAAAACCAAUCCGGAAAAGGGAAACAAAAUACGGUUGUCGUUAAAGGUGUAGUUACUGUUGACCGUGUCAUUGAUAAUGAAUUUACUGCAGUCGAACCGAAAAGUCAACAACUGUGUAAUACGCUCUUGAAAGUUAUGCCCAAUAAUGACAAACGACAGCUUAAUAAUUCGGUGAAUCAAUUCGAGUACACGGCCAGUAUUGUUUGUCCGAGAACGCCAGUCAUAUUUUCAACGAGUCACGGAAUCCAUUUACGAACCAGUGAAGCCACCAGCAUUAACGGUUAUGGUUCGACAAAGUACCGAUUGCAAUUUUGCGAUUUGGAGCGAUGGCAACGUAAUGGGAACAAAGUGAAUUCGAUUGGACUGAGUUCAGUUGUUGAUAAUACGAAAAGUGAUAAAGUGAAAGGCGAAGUUCUGAAGCAGAAAGCGAAAGGCGUUACGUUUGUGUCGGAAUCAGCGGGUAGUUCGUCCGCUUCUAAUGUUAGUAAAUGAACCGAUUCGUCCGGAUAAUUGCAAUAAAGCGAGGAGGGCCACAUUGCAUCUUUUUAUCGGUAUGCAAUACCCUCGGGCGGUAGUCCGCAAAUCAUGCGGCAGGCAAACGAUGCUUAUUCUGUCCAGCGCAUCCAUAUUCCUCAUAUGCGUUUGGGCGUUAAUAGCAUUUUACACCACUGAGACCAGGCCUACAACAAGGGAAGCUACAUCUCAUCAAAGCUUGAACAAGGACACAGACAUUUAUGCCAAAUAUGGUGGAAUUUACAACAAAAAUGGUGUUAAAUAUGUACCGCCCACGAGAAGUCCAUACAUUAGCAGUUUGUCGCGUUACAAAGACCAACUGAAAUAUCUUGACACGAGCUUUUUCAGCAAAGAUUCGGAAAAAAUUCUAAAGACCUUGGAUGUGCCAUUCAGGGACGAAAUGAUACUUGGUAGAGAGGCCGAACGCAUUCGACACUCGGCUGAGUUGCAACGUCAGUACGAACACGAACUACAAAGGCUGGGCGUUCCAAUCAUUGCUGGAAUCGGUCGUGGAGGACACGCACCACCGAACCAACGUUUGGUUCAUUUAGACUUAAAGGGAGCUCCUCCCAAAAUCAGCUAUCUGAAACGAUUGCUGCCAAUUUUCAAGUCACUUGGUGCUACCGGACUGUUACUCGAGUACGAGGACAUGUUUCCAUAUUCAUCGUCGCUCCGUAAUUUAUCAGCCAAAAAUGCUUACUCAACCACCGACGUUAAAGAGUUACUACAUGCAGCUGCAGCUGUCGGACUUUCGGUUAUGCCGUUAAUACAAACGUUUGCACAUCUUGAAUUCGCGUUGAAAUUGCCCGAUUUCCAACAUUUGCGCGAAGUUCCCGAAUCGCCUCAGUCGAUUUGUCCAAGUCUAAAUGCGUCACUCGUUUUCAUCGAAGAAAUGAUGGCACAAGUGGUUGACAUGCACCAAACGACAUCGUUGCCAACAACAUCGAGGGAUCCACUCGUUCAGAUGAUGGACAUUGAUGACGACUUGCUGACGCCUAACUUUACGCAUCUUCACAUUGGUUGCGAUGAAGUAUUUCGUAUGGGUGAAUGUCCGCGGUGUAAGAGCAGAGGAACGGAUGAAUUAUUUCUGUCGCACGUCCGGACUGUGGCCAAUAUUGUUAAAAGACGUUGGCCACAUUUGAAAAUUGUUAUUUGGGACGAUAUGCUGCGACGAAUGCACACCAACGAUCUGCAAAAAUCCGGCAUCGGCGAUCUAGUUGAACCGAUGAUUUGGGUCUAUGCCGAGGACGUUUAUCGAUUCAUCCCGUCUCAGACCUGGGAAAAGUACGCGUCAGUGUUCCGGACUGCAUGGAUCGCUUCCAGUUUUAAAGGAGCACAUGGGGAACAGUUAAUUAUUCCACCAGCUCGUCGACAUUUGGAGAAUAACCUGGCGUGGCUAGCUGUAUUCCAAAGUGAAGGAGCACGAUUCUCGCAAGGUAUCAGCGGAUUCGCCUUGACCGGAUGGCAGCGAUACGAUCAUUUCGCUGUUCUAUGUGAACUGCUGCCGGUAUCAAUGCCUAGUCUUGCCAUCUGUUUGAGCACCGUUGCGAAAGGUUACUUCAACGUGGAGGUGGGGAACAACGCCAUUUUCAGUGCUCUCACCUGUCCGGAACCAGCAUCUGAAAGACUUAUCCAUCGACCAUGGAUGGAACUGCAUCAAGAUUCAAAACUGAGUAGUUUUUCGAAGUGUAUGUUCCCUGGCAGUCCGAUCUUUCGGUUCGUACAUCAUUUGACAGCGGUCACAAGCGAGACCCGAGAGUACAUUGACUCGUUGAAGUAUAAAAGAGGUUGGAUGACCGAGUACAACAUUCGCCACAAUUUUAGUUCUCCGAUACGUGUUGAUGAGUUGACUGCGGACGCAAUGCGAUUGAAAAAUUCGCUUGACACACUGGCGAAUAAUGCAAAUGAGGCCAUGCACGAUGUGUACGACAAGUGGACGAUUAAGGAAUUUAUUGAGUUGCACAUAAAGCCUUUGAUGGACGAACUGAACGACAUAGAGAAGAAAGGUAGCAUUUUGUCACAAUUUAAGGUAUGGCCUCGGCGUCCGUUACCGUAUCAGUUAGAACGAAAGUAGAUUAGCGUGUCACAAAAUUAGCGUAACAAAAUCAACAGAACUUUCGGUUUCGUUAAACGGGAUAAAAAAUGAGGAAAGAAUGUGGGAUGGGGUGGGUUUGAUUUUGUACAUUUUUGAAGAUGAAAAGUGAUCGAUUUUCAUUUUCGUUAAAAAAAAGGUUUCGCCUCUGUUACGCAGCCCGAGUAAAUGAAAUCAAAUCGAUUAUUCGUUCGCAAUAGAUCCUUUCAGUCUACUCAAUUGUAAGAAUUUUCACGAUUCGAUGUGAGGUCACAGAAUCUAUUGUUUUUGUAAGAAAGAAAAAUCAAAAUUGAGCCGCUCUAAAAUGGUCUAUUGAUCCUACAUAUCGUGUAUACCACCGUGAAAUAGAGAGAUUUUGUUGU